AUGAAAAGAACUACGACGGGAUAUAAUAAACAAGUUUCCCAUAGUAGACGAAAAUAUCUACCGACAGUCCUCUAUAUAUUCACACCCGAUAGAACUAAAAGGCAUAGAGAAAAACAAAAAAGUACGAGCAAAAAUAUGGAGAAGAAAAUGAUGACAGUGGCAGCUAUGGCUAUGGUGUUCAUGAUCCUGUUGUCGGCCAACAUGGACAUCGUCGAUGCUCAAGGCGUCAAUUGCUAUGACAAUUGUAACACUGGCUGCGCUGGUCUCCCAUCGAAGGAAUACCUGCGUUGUGAUAAGAAGUGCCACAAAAGAUGCGGAGAUGGCAAAAUUGAUGGAAACCUGGGUUGAAGGUGCUCAAAAGUACUAGCAAGCUAUCGAAGCUAAAUAAUAAGUGUCUUUGAUAAUAAUUUCUUUAUAGUUUGAGAAAAUAAAUGUUACUUUUAUGUUUAUGCUUAAUUACAACUAUGAAUCUUUACUGUAAUAGAUCCAAUGUAUGAUGGUGAAACUACGUAUAUGAAAUUAUAAUUGCCAGUUCAUUACUA